UCUCUCCCCCUCUCUGUCUGCUCCUCCCCUGCUCAUUCUCUCUCCCUCUCAAAAUAAAUAAACUUAAAAAAUUAUAAUUAAAUAAACCGCAGGUGAUAAAAUUAUAAAGUUCCUGUUAGAUGCCAUAAAUAGAGGAAAAAUCACAGCACUGCACACAAAUAGGACAGGUGUCAUUCUCUGUGAAUUCAGAGUUUUCUGUUAAAAAAAAAAAAAACAGAAUGGGAUGUUAGUGUCAUGUGAAUUGAAAGCUUUUCUCUUUAUCUCCUUCAUGAAUUGUCUCUUGAGCUCUGUUACGUGGAGACCAGACCUGGCGCAGUCCCCAGCUGGGCAUUUCCUGCUCAAUCUAUUAUGCUUGUCUUAUUUGAGAAAUAAUCCUCUGCCAGCACUUCCUGUGAGUGAAAGGCGCCUUAUCUUCAGGGCAAACCCCCAAGCCCAGGAAAGGACUUGGUCUGUUUCAGGCCUGAGCCGCGGCCCCGUCGUUCCUUUCCAGGAGGUGCUCUAGCCCCUGCAAGGACUUCAGACACGCAGAACAGAGGGACAAGUUAGUUGGAGCCCAUGGGAAACGGCUGCAUUUUUUAACUCCCAUUUUCCAGGGCGCACCGAAACAUACUAGGCAACAUGGAUUAUGAUUAAGCAUUUCUCAGAAAGUCAUUCUCUCACUUAGCUUCUGGUGCCAUCAGCUGGCCAUUUUGUCCUUUUCAAGCUUCACCACCACACAUCCGCCUGUUCCAGCAGUCACCGUUUCUGGUCCCUCAGGAUCGAUCAGGUCAUUGUUUCGAGACUUGUCACUUUCAGUCCUGUUACGGAGAGGGAAACAGGACCGUGACCAAGAAGGUUGUCGGCACUCCAGAAUUCUGGCCUCAACUUCUAAAAUAUUACAAACAUGAGAAACACCAGUUUCUAGAAGCGUCUGUCCCAACAGAUGAAAGAACUUGCUCGUUCCUGUGUCCUAGUACAGUGCUUCUCAGACUUUGGGAGUGUGACUCUGAAUCACCUGUGGAUCUUCAUAAAAUGCAGGUUCUCAGCUCGGAAGUCUGGGGUAGGGCGUGAGAGUCUCCAUUCCUAACAAGCUCCCAAGUGGUUAUGUUGCUACCGCUCUGCAGACCAUAAUGAGGAGAAAGAUUCUGGAGCUACGCUGAUAGGGUAGAUUUUGAAGACUUCAUAUAAAUAAUAAGCAUCUUCUGACUAGACUCCAAGCUCCAUGAAGACAGAGGCUCGCUCUUUUCCGCCUCGCACCACUCACUACACCCCGUGUGGCAUUUUGAACCUAACAGGCACCUUACUAAAAAUCCGCUGAUUUGAUGGUUCCAGUAAGGAGCACCACUUGGAUCACGUUAUUGGCAGUGCGUCUGAGGGAACAGAUGUUCCUAUUCAAAUCCACGAAACUGGAAACAUUAAAAAACAACAAUCAUGACAUUGAUUGAUAGUGAUAUUUACCGUGUCAGACUGUGUAAGCUCCGCUAUAAAAUAGACUCGCACACUGUCGUUCUUUACAUUUUCAUUUCAAAGAUUCUCAAACGUUGAAAUAACGUCGCUUGACUCAGAUCCUAAUUCCCGCUUGAUGCCCUGUAUAAUAUUUCCUUAGCGAAUUACGGCCCUCUUCUGUUGUGUGUCACACACUCAAAACCUCUCCUCCCUGAGAAAACGGCACCUCCGGGUGCUUCAAAGAUAUUUUCAGUCCAUCGUAAGAAAACAUGUAUCUGCUGGCAGGGAGCGUGCUAAGACCACGGGAGAUCAACGCAAGGCUCGACGCUCUGUCUUUGCCAGUUUCCUAAAUACCUUGGUGACGGGUGGGUGGCCGUCGUCUGAACUGGUUUCUAAAAGGUCGCCCUAGAUCCCGAAGUGUCCUCUUGGGAGCAAACGCGUCUUCUUGAAAGGCUGUCUUUCUUCCUCCAACUCAGGUCCUCAACAAGCAGAGCUCCUCUCCAUGAGUACCUCGGGUUUCUUUCGUUGGCCCGCACCGCUGGCCAGAAUGUGCACGGCGCCGUGGGGACUCGGGCUUCGGGGGAAGCCAGCGCUGUUGGCCCCGGGAGCGGCAGUCACCGCGGUCCAGAUGGCAGGCAGGAGGGACCGCCCCGCUCUGCUGCCUCCCCUGGAUGAGAGUGACCUUGAAGAGCAGUUCGUGAAAGGGCACGGUCCGGGGGGCCAGGCAACCAACAAAACCAGCAACUGUGUGGUGCUGAAGCACAUCCCCUCGGGCAUCGUCGUCAAGUGCCAUCAGACAAGAUCAGUCGAUCAGAACAGAAAGCUAGCCCGGAUAAUCCUACAAGAGAAAGUGGAUAUUUUCUACAACGGCGAAAACAGUCUUGUCUACAAAGAAAAACGGGAGGCAGAGAAGAAAAAGCAAGAGAGGAAAAAAAGAGCAAAGGAAACUCUAGAAAAAAAGAAACUCCUGAAAGAACUGUGGGAAUCAAGUAAAAACGUCCACUGAGAAAGAAUUAGAAAUGCUUUUUUGUUUGUUUUGUUUUUAAGUAAUCUCUACACCCAAUGUGGGGCUUGAACUCGACCCUGAGAUCAAGAGUCGCACGCUCCACUGACUGAGCCGGCCAGGCACCCCUGAAAGAACAGCAGAUUCUGACUAAAGAACAUGCCAGAUGCUUCCAGGGAAUAAUGGUGGGGAGUUCUAUUCCACCUCAAGCAUUACUAUAGUGUUUCUGUAUUUUUAACCGACUUCAAAUUUUAAAUCAAAAAUUUUUUAAUGGCGAACUAAACUGGUGGAUAAAGAUACACUUUUUUUUUUUAAGUUUUAUUAUUUUGAGAGAGAGAGCAGGGGAGGGGCAGAGAGAGAAGGAGAGAACCCUAAGCAAGGCUCCACACUUACCACAGAGUCCAAUGCGGGCCUUGAACUCACAAAGCAUGAGAUCAUGACUUGAACUGAAAUGGAGUGUCCAACGCUCAACCAAAGGAGCCACCUAGACGCCCCUAAAUGCGUUUGUGUUGUUGUUUUUUUUAAGUGUAGGGGCACUUGGGUGACUCGGUUGGUUAAGCAUCCAACUUCAGCUCAGGUCGUGAUCUCGCGGUUUGUGGA